AUGAAGUUUCACGAGUGGGGCGUGGGGGUAGAUCCGGACGAGAGUUGCUGGGUGGAGAGCGUCAAAUUUAACAUUUCCUUUCUGGUCAUCGUCAGAGUGUUUUUUGAAAUUGGACCACCCGCUUAUGAGGAAAUAGGAUGCGCGGAUUUCGUGCCCAACAAUUUGGAUCAGGGUUCUCAAUUUUCAGUGCCAUACUUUGAAAAUUUCGAGCAAGUUUUCUCGAAGGCAGCAUCGUGGAUGAAGCACCAGCGCAACAUCAACAUAACCAACAUGCAGUCAAUCGACUACAAGAUGAAGAAUGACUUUGACGCCAGUGAGUUAGACACACAGCGUUCAUUUUUCGUAGAGUCUGGCCGCUACACCACCAAAUACCUCAGGAUCCUUAGAAUUUGCUUCACAAGGUCCUUCAAACAACAUCAGUCACAGCAGCCAGCGAAGCAGCAGCAUCGCGACAAGCCACCAACACUACAACACCAACACACCUUCCCACAACGACAACAUCAAAUGCUACAACGACAAAACUCCCUUCAAUCUCUAUCCGGAUUACAGCCACCGACGUACAACCACUCUAUUGAAGCCCCUAACAAUCCAGCCCCCAUAACCGAAUGUAGGUACGUGACCUUUGAACCGAUGAUGCUGAGCUCCGGAGGCAUUAUUGGCAUCCCGCUGUUUGAGAGGCUCUCUGAGACUAUGAAGAGGGCGAUGCUCUGGCUUAAUAGGACGAAUUCCGACGUGAAGCUAAUUUCAGCCGAAACUGUCCCAGUCCGCAUGUUCUCCGGCAAUCAGUACGGCAAUCAUGAAGUGACUUACACGUGGAACCGAGGCGAGCAGAAAGAAUUCUGGCUGCUAGUGAUACGACUCUACCUAACCGGAACCAUAGACGUGGCCCCCCCUGACGUCAUCAUGCCGCCAUUUUUAAAUAAAAAACAUCAUCGUCAUCAUGGUAGCGUCGGAAGCGGAAGUGACGAACAUGAUGAGUGCUGUUGUGUUAUGUGA